UCUUAAGCUUUUAAGUUUUAACUCAGUCUCCGUCUCUCCGAAGAGCUUCCUGUAAAGCAAAUUCGGAAAUUCCACACAAAUUGCUCUGAAACAUUGAGCCCAGGUCUUCUUCUUUCCAGUUUCCUCAGUGAUCAUAGCUUUCCGGGUGAAUGGACCAUGAUAUAUGUCGCUGGAUACUAGAGUUUUUGCUUAGGAGUUCCAUACCAGAUUCCAUCGUCAAGAAAAUCUUCAAGCUUUUGCCUUUCUCUGAUGUCGAUUCGCGGCUGAGGAAAACAUUGGUUCUUAGGGAUGUUCAAUCCGAGGUGGCUGCGGCUUCCCUUACAGAAAACCUAUUAGCCUGUUUAGAGGUUAUUGAAGAAAUAAAUAAGCUCGAUGGCAUUGCAAUCACAACAGCGAUGAAGGAGGCAUAUUGUGCUGUUGCCGUGCAGUGCACCGUCAAGUACCUUGAUGCUUGCCCGCAUAAGAACACUAACGGCUUGUUUGACGAUGCUGUAAAUAGGAUUUGGAGGGGCCGAGUUCGCAAGAUGAUGGAGGCGGUGGCAUCAGGGAUGAGGAUUGAAUUGCUUACGGCGGAGUUGAUAGGUUGGAAGGACGUCAUAGAGUCUUGCCGUUGGGAUGAAGAGGUGUGCCAGAUUUUAACGAAGACUAAUACAAAAGAACAUGCACUCGAUAAGGUGAGGGUCUAUCUAAAAGAAACUUGGGCAUCCAUGGGCCCUUCUUUUCUAGAGCUAGCAGCUGCAUCUACUAUUGGCGGAAGUCAGGCAUUGGGUGGCACUGACAUGCCUCAGAGGAUAAAUAGAGCGGCAAUUCAAAAGGGCAAGCUGCCGCUUGAACAUGAUCACGGUCUACCCCAUACACGUAGAGGAGUUCAUUUUACCGUUGCUGAGAAAGCAGGGCCAACGACUAUGUGCAGCGAAGAUCACAGUGCAUCUACUAUUCAAGUCAAAAAACUUCGGAAAUCUCUCAUAUCAAGUUCUUUGGACUUGCAAGCAGUGGUGAAGGAUCCUCUUCCUGAUGCAGUACAUAAUUCUGACAUUGUGGGAUCUGAAUUAGCAUCAAAGGGUGUGAAUCGUGAGCCUCCUUUUGAAAACCAGAGCGCAGUUGUAGAUGCACCGGAACAAAAUACUUGCAAGAGCAUGGUGCUUUAUCAACCUAUUGAUGAUAUUUUAAAGAAACAAUAUUCUGCUGAUUGUAGUAAUGUUCAGCGUCCCAGCUUGAUGCAACGAAAUAGUACUGCCCAUACUUAUAAGCAGGAUGAUUCGUUUAAUGACUUGCCUGGGGGAAGCCCUAAGAAAAGGAGGAGACAGGGAAAAUGGAGUUCUGAAGAAGAGGAUGCAUUAAGGGCUGGUGUAAAGAAGUUUGGCAAAGGAAAUUGGAGGUCAAUCCGAAAAUUUUACAGUGAGAUAUUUACGAAGACAGGAAGAACAGAAGUUGAUUUGAAGGAUAAAUGGAGAAACUUGACGCGUUUGGACACUUCAGGAAGUAUUUUGAUUUGAAGAGUAAGAGAAGACAGUUAUUGAUGUUAAUGAAGCUGCUCAACCAUCCUGUUUUUGGCGUCUGAACUCUAAAGGUGAAUUUUCUGUGAAAUCAGCCUGCACAGCUUAUCAAUCCUUAGGUUGGAAUGAACCAGACGAGGAGUGGAAGCUCAUAUGGAAGUUACCUGUUGCUCAACGUGUCAGAACUUUUAUUUUUUUUUUUUAAUGUUCAAAGGAAAGCUCCUCACUAACUCUGAGAGACUGCGUAGAAGGGUGACUGAUGAUCAACAGUGCUCCCUUUGUAACAGUCCUAUUGAAAGCGUCAAUCAUGUCUUCAAAGAGUGUCCCUUUGCCGCUAACGUCUUGAGGAAAAUUCUGCAAAAUGUUAUCUACAAGGAUUUCUCUGAGGACAAUGUUGAUAUGUGGUCGCUUAGCAUACUGAAGUCUUCACGCCUGGACACCUCUUGGGUAGUUGGAAUCAGCAUUGUAUGUUGGAAGCUUUGAGAAGUUAGGAACGAACGUGUAUUUACUGAUGCCACGUUUGCUGUAGAUAAUUUACUGGUACAGAUUAGAGCCAUACUCAAUCAUACGUACACUCAGCCUUCUCUACUUUGAAGUCUUUGAUGUAACUCUGAUUGCUUUCCUUUUUUGUGUACUGUACGGUUCUCUUUGUUAAUGAAAUUCCUUUUUCACUCCAAAAAACAAAAAAUUGUCACUGUA